UUAUUACAACGGUAUAAGUAUCUUAGAUUCUAUACUUCUUCUCUCACGCAUACAAUGCAGAGAACAUAAAAAUUAUUAAAAAACAGAAGGAAAAACGACGAAUGAUCUUUCGCUCUGCUUUGCAGUGGUGCUUGCUACAUAUUUCAUACGGUCAAUGGAUAUUAAUGCAUACUGUGCAAUUUUUUCUCUCAAGUGUUGGCUUUUGCAAAGUGUAUCCGAAGUCCAGACCUUUCUCCUUUUCCACCUACACGCAAAUAUUUUUACAUACUUGCGUUGCAGAACUUUGCAAAAAAAGAGAAAACCUGCGGUAGUUAAUUGACGUUCUCUUGUGUGGGUGAUCUGGAAUAUCAAUUGUCAAACUUUCAUUACAAAGUUAAAAUAUUAUCUUGAAGCUUUUUCAUUUAUCUGGCAAUUUAUAGCUUUAUAAAGCUUAGCUAAAUAAAAUGAAAAGAAUAAAGUUAUUGUUAAUUGCUUAAGACGACAUGGGAAGAAAUGGUCAGUUAUUGAGGUUACAAAAGUGCGCAAGAAUAAUCUGCGAAGCCCUAAUACAGUUCGUUGCUAUGCUGUGAAGAAACUUUAAUUUUUACUUCUAUUCCAUUAUAAGUGUGAAAGUCUUAUUGAAACUAAAACUGAUAAAGCUGACUAUGUAUGAAAAUAGCUAGACAACGAGAAGCUGGAAAUUGUAAGAAUGCAUUUUUCUGUGCCAGAUACGCAAGAACUUAUCGACGAAGCUGGCAAUGCAUAUUUGGGUUAUAAUGUGCAUAUCAAUGGUUUAUUUCAUUGUACCGUCAGAUACAAACAGCUUCAUAAUCUCCACGAACAGUUGACAAAGGAUUUGGAAGUACCUUUACCAUCUUUUCCUCCAAAGAAAUUUUUUCCUUUAACAAUCAAUCAACAAGAAGAUCGACGAUUAUCGUUAGAUAAAUAUAUUCAAACAAUUGGUCAAAAUACAAAUAUUAAUAAUUCUGAGCUUCUAAACGGUUUUCUACUGAGUGCUCAGUUAGAGAGCGCUGCAGGCUUGAUUAAAGAUGAUAAUAUUGAUAUCUUCCUGUUAAAUGGUACGAAAAUUAAUCUUGAUGUUUCGAUAGCCGAAAAUUCUGGUCAUAUUUUAAAGAAAGUAUGCAAGCAAAUUAAAUUGGAUGAACGAUUUUGUCCAUAUUUUUCGUUAUUUAUUGUUUUUCAAGAUGGAGAUAAUUUCAUUGUUCUACGAAAACUUCAAGAUUUUGAAUCGCCUAUUAUCACCCAAAAAAAUAUACAUAAAGUUGGCACUAAAAUAAUAUUAGGAAAAUGGUAUUGGGAUGUUGGAUUUGAUUUAGAAUUAGUUAAUGAUUCGGUAGCUUUAAAUUUAUUACAUAUCCAAGCAAUGGCUGAAAUAGAAAGAGGUUGGAUUCCUACGACAAAAGAACUUAAGUAUCGUUUGAAUAAUUUACAAGAGCAUAAUAAAAAAGAAUAUUUAGAAAUUGUUCAAUCGUUAAAAUACUAUGGUUAUAUUCAAUUUGCACCUUGCCAAUGUGAUUAUCCAGAAACUGGUUCAAAAGUUUUAGUAUCUAUUGGAAAAAAUGAAUUAAACAUAAGAAUUUCUUCAAUUGAGAAUGCAGAAGAAGAAAUUGGAUUUAAAGUUACUAGAAUGCGUUGUUGGCGCAUUACAACACUUCACGAGGGAAGUGACAGACACGAAGAAACAUCUGACUGCAGUCUUGAAUUAUCAUUUGAAUAUUUAAUGGCGAAAGAUCAUUUACAGUGGAUAACAAUUUCUUCAGAACAAGCUAUAUUAAUGUCUGUAUGCCUACAAUCGAUGAUCGAUGAGCUUUUAUUAAAAAAUGUUGGAGGCAUUAAAAAUCAAGUAGAAACUGGAAAGACAUGGACGUAUAUUACAAGAGAUGGUCAUAGUCGAACUGUCAUAGGUUCUUUAUCAGCAGAAACUUUCAACAGAAACUUGAAAGAAAAUGAUAUCAAUACUUGUGUAAAAACAGAGCCAAUUAUUAAAAAAAUCACAGAUAGGUUUUCUGCUACAAAAGUUAGAAAACCAAUGUUGGUCAAACCAUCUAUGUACCAAGAACAAAGGCAUAAUAUUGACGGAGAUUUAUUAGAAAACAAUGCAUUUUGUAUGAUAGGCGAUGAUGAUCUAUAAAAAAGAACUAUAGAUUACUUCACAAUUCCAUACUAGUUAUUUAUAUACUUUUUCAUAAAUUUAAAUUAUGAAGUUAAUAAAAUUUGAUAUAAUGGUUUUAAUUGAGCUUUAAUUAAGCUACUAAUGAUACUAAAAUUUUAAUUAUUUAAAAACGAAUGAG